AUGAAAAAAGGUGGGAAAAAAAAACAGGCGGCGCGCAGCAACCAACUGGGCAAAGGAUUAAAUGAUGAUUCUGAAGAUGAGGAAGUCAUAGAAAGCGAAUCUUCGAGCGAUGAAGAGGAGGAAACCAACUCCUCCAGUGAAGAAUCAAUCGAUAGUGAUUCCGACAAUCCGUCGGACAAAGAGCAGGAAGACCAAGCGGAAAAGCAAAUACAGAUAUAUUUCACAUCGGACGUGGCUAAUGAAAAGUACCAAAUGGAAGACACGAUUUACACCAUUCCAGCUAGCUUCAGAAGAAUCGACUUGUCAAGGAUGGUCAAAAAAUUGCUGGAUAUAAAGGAAAACGUCAAAAAUAGCGAAAAUGUAAUUGAAAGGUAA